AUGGAGACGACGAAAUCGGACCCCUUCGACGGCAGCGGCUCCGUCACAGCCGCCAUCAGCCUCUUCGGAGAGAGGAUUCAUGGCGGAAAACCGCUCGCCGCCAAGCACAAACCUUUGUUUCCUGAUGUAUGCAUCUUCAUCUUCAUCAUCUUCUUCUUCCUCUCUUUCUGUGUUUUCAAUGGGGGGAGUUGAUGAGGUGUUUGCGGUGUGUCCUCUGAAGGAAUCGCCGCCAUCGAAGACCAGAGAGCUUCUUCAUCUUGUGCGGAGGGAUGCCGGCAGACUCGGCGAGCGGCUGAGGUUCUCAGAGCACGAGAAAUCUGUUGCAGAGUCGGAAUUGAUCAGCAGCAAGGAGACCAUGAACGAAUUGAGAACCCUGCUCGAAAAUUCUAGCAGGAAAGUGAGAAGCGCCCGCCGGAUGUUGACGAAGCCCGCCGGAGAUAGAAGCAAGUCUGGGGGCGGCGCCGCCGCCGCCGAGUACGAUGAACUGGUGAAGCAGUUGGAGCGGAUGAAGAAGGAGAGGAGCAAGGUGAGGCUCGACAUAGCCCGAGCCGGCGAAGAUACGGCGAAGGCGGAGGGGGAGGCCGAAGCGGCGGUGCUCCGGUCGGCGUCCUGCCUGAACUCGAUCGAGGAACUGAGGAAGGAGGUGGACGCCAUGAACGAGGAGCACGUCCUUGUCGAGAUCGCCAGGCUGCAGGCCGUCGAAGAAACCAGGGAGAUCGAAGCGAGGAGAGCGGCCGAGGCGGCUCAAUUCGGGAAGAAGAUCCAGGCAAUCAGAGAUCGGAUGAUGGCUAUGAGGACAGAAAUCGAUCUCGCGGCGACGGCGAUGGUGAGACCGGCGGCGAGGGAUUCCGGCGACGGCGGCUCCGCUGCAACGGACGAGGUGGAGAAGAAGAGGCGGAAAUCGGAGCUCGAGAGAGAGUUGCAGGCGGCUAAGCAGGAACUGGUCUCCACCAAGGAUGAGGGGUUCCAGUUGAUGGCUUCCAUGGACAUGGUGAGGCUCGAGCUGGUGCAGAUAUCCAGGGAGACGAGCCGGCUGAAGAAGCUGGAGGAGAAGCAAGAUUCAGCCCUGCAGAAUCUCAAUUCCAAGCUCCUGAGGGCGAAAUCGAAGCUGGAGACGGCCGCGGCGUCCGAGGAGAAGUCGAGAUCGAUAGUGCUCAAUCUCUCGGCGGCUCUGCAACAGCUUAGAACGGAGGCGCGGGCGAUGAGGAAGGAGAAGGAUCGGGCCGAGGAAGAAAUUGAAGCGACGAAGACGAAGAUCCAGUCGGCCGACGCAGCGCUGGAAUCCGCCGAGCAGCGGCUCGAGGACGCCAUCGAAGCGCUCAAGAGCGCCAAGGCCUCUGAAGCUUCCUCCCUAGGGAGGCUGAAGCACCUCUCGGAGAGGACGAUGAAGUUCAGGGCCUGCUCGGCCCCUCGCAGCUCCACCAUGACCAUGUCCAGCUUCGAGUACGAGUAUCUCAAGGGGCAGGCGGAUGGCGCUCAGAAGAUCGCAGAGAAGAAGGUGGCCGCUGCUCGGGCCUGGAUCGAUGCAUUCAAGGCCAGCGAGGAGGAGAUCCUGCUCAAGAUCGACAGAGCGAGGAGGGAGAUGGGGGAGCUCGAGGCCGCCGAAACCAGGGAGAGGGGCAGGGACAGGAUGGAGGAGACCCUCCAGGGAGAGCUUUCAAGGUACAGGCCGGAGGGGGAGAGGGUGGAGGAGGAGACGGCCAUGGCGGCGGCGGCGGACCUGUUGCAGGUGGCCGCCAUCCAGAGGAAAUCGCUGAGAGAGAACGGGAACGCGUCAGCGCUGCGGAAGUCCAGGACGGCGCGAAGGUCGUCCCUCUCCCAUGGAGCCCGCCAGUUCCCUCAGUCACCCUCCGUCGCGCUGAAGAGGAAGAAGAAGGUCAUGCCCGGCCUGGUUAAGCUUCUCCGCGGUAGGAAACCUGGCAAGCUCAAGUGA